AAAUAGUAAAGUGUGACAUUUGUUUCAAAGAAAAAAUAUUUUUUUUCUUGUAUUAAUAUUCUCUCCUAAAUCCUAAUUUCUAAAUCAAUGCGGAGUACUUGUGUUUAUUUACGGAUAGGUCGCCCCCGUCUGCGUCUCUCUCAAUCUCACACUCUCUGCUAGGGUUUCUACGCCCUUCUCCCUCGCACCAAAAAACCAGAGAAUGGCGGAAGAGGCGCAGUACUACUCAUCGGAGCCAGGCUCGAACAAGAGGAAGUAUGAAGAUCCAAGCUCGCCCUCACUGUCGUCACGCCGGCGCACCGGAUUCUCUGCUCCGGUUCCGUCGUCAAAUCCAGCCGACGGCUCCGCAGGCACUCCUCCUCCUGCUCCAUACAGCAACGUUCCGCCUCCGUUGGACGACUUCGAGCUCGCGAAGCAGAAGGCUAGGGAGAUCGCUUCUCGGCUGUUCAUCAACGCCGACCCAACGAAGGCAAGGGUUAACAAUAAUAGCGGCUCUGCUGCAUUUGAUGCUCGAGAACCUCAGAAGCCAAUGGGGUCUACAUUUAUGCCGUCAGGUGGUAAUUCAUAUGGAUACCCUGGUCCAUCCAGGAAGAUAGAGAUUCCAAAUGGAAAGGUUGGUGUAAUCAUAGGAAGGUCAGGGGAAACUAUCAGGAAUCUUCAACUCCAAUCAGGAGCUAAGAUACAAGUUACCAGAGACAUGGAUGCUGACCCUACGUCCCAAACUAGAGAGGUUGAACUGAUGGGCACUCCAGAGCAGAUAUCCAGGGCUGAACAGCUUAUUCAAGAUGUUCUUGCUGAGGCUGACUCAGGUGGUUCUGGCAUGGCUUCCCGUAGGCCUGGACAGCAGAUAGGUGCUGAACAAUUUGUAAUGAAAGUUCCUAACAACAAGGUUGGCCUUGUUAUUGGAAAAGGAGGGGAAACCAUAAAAAACAUGCAAGCAAGUUCAGGUGCACGCAUUCAGGUGAUACCUCUACACUUGCCACCUGGUGACACUUCCUCUGAGAGGACUGUACAGAUCGAUGGAACGAGUGAUCAGAUUGAAAUCGCAAAACAGCUUGUCAAUGAAGCUAUUAGUGAGGUAUAUUGGCUGUGCGUAAUGGUGUUGAUUUAUUGUCACAUUCGUUUUUUAAAUGCAAUCAGUAUUGUGUUUAUUUGCAUGUUUGCUCUUAUUUAAUCUUUUUUUUGUAAUGUGGGAAUCCGGCAUAAAUAGGCAUAAGAGUUCAAUUACCUUUGCUAGAAUUCAAGAAAUAUUCCUUCUUGAGAAACUAGACAAUUAUUAUUUGAACUGUAUUCUUUGAGUAUGUAUGCAGUAUUUGGAUUGCAGAUCAUGGUAGAGAAGGGCUCUUAGCUUGCAUUCGUAUUAUCCGUGACUAAGUUCUCAAUAUAAUGUCUCUUUUAAUCUUGUGCUCCGAAGAGUAUCUUUACAAGAAUCCCUCCAACUUAUGAUCCUAGCCUAAAUUUGAUUUAUCUAGACUAACUGCCAUAGGUUUGCUUAUUUCAUUCUUUGAGGCUCGUAUUGAUGCAAAAUACUCCCUUACAUCGAAGUUAUAUUCACAUGCAAAUUUAUGGUGUGUGCAUAUCUAUUUUGCCAUUCCUCUUUGUUGGUACAGACUGGUUGAUUGAGAUUGAAUGCCCGUGGAAUAAGGUAAUGUGUCCUUAUGCAGAGCCUUCAGUGGAAAAUUAGAACCUACUUAGCAAAGCUUAUUCUAGUUGCCUGUAGUAUUCCACGAUCCAUAACUUUCCAUCUAUACUUGGCAAGGGUGGAUUAUAAACGAACUGCUAGUGAAAUGUUAUUCAUGCAAACAUUUCUCCUAUUGGGUCUCUUAGGUAUUGGUGAUAUUGCAUAAAAUAUUUUGAGGUGCCAGUCCAAGUUAGUUAAUAUGCUUAAUUUUGAAAUUUUAUUGGUCUUUCUAUAUCUGAUUUCCUGUGAAGCAGGCUCAACCACACCCAUUUCACUAGGUAUGGAUGUAAUUUUUUCGUUUCUUAAUGUGGUAGAUCCUUCAUCCUUGGUUGUAUUUUAACUCAACUUUUCAACAAGCUUAUGUGAUUUUUAUGCAUUUAGUGUUUGGUCUGGCACAUCAAUUUUUCUCUUUUUGUUGUCAUCUAAGUUUCAAAACAAAGAUUGCAAUGCCAAAACAUGAAACCAUUCGGAAUUGCUCUGCUAUGUUCACAAUCGAAGUUGUGGAUAAUGACCCUCACAUUAUGGAGAAAUGAGUGUCCUCCCUAAAAAAACUCCAUGAAAUAUUUUAUGAUAUUAAUAUUUUAGUUGGUUGGUCUAGUUGAAAGUAACUACUAUUUACUUAGAAUCAUCAUGUUUCAUUUUUUUUGUUUAUGCUGUGCUGAUGAAAUUCCUUUAUGACAUUAAAAUAUUUAUGUUCCAUUGGUUGUAAAACUUUUGUGCUUUUAGAAUAACUUCAUCCAUCCCAAACUAUGAGAUCGGUUCGAUAAUAGUAAAGCUUUAAUUUUAAAUCAGUUAAUCAAGGUAUACACCUUUACAAGUUUUGAGCAGGCACAUAUACCACAAUUGAUUUCAAAUAAUGGUUGGAGUAAUUGGCUAAACUUGUUUGCAAUCUUUGCAGCAAAUUUUUUAAAGAUAAAAAGUUACUAUAAAAACCACUCUUUUUUUGGGACAAGCUCUCUUUUGGGACAACAGGGUUCUUAAGACAACACUCAGGUCAGGAAGUAUAUGUUAAUGCUUAGUCACGAUUCUCAUGAAAGUUUAACAAGUAGUGAAUACUUGAUUGAUCAAUGGAAAUUUGAAAUAUAGUUCUUCCAUAUUGUUUGUUGAAUGGUUUUACAACAGUUAUCUCUUUGAAGUUAAGGCCCAUGAUUUCACCUUAGCGCUACGUUUGGUUCAAGGAAUCGGGAAGGAAAGAAAAAAGAGAAGGUUUUCUC